AUGGCAAACUGCAAAUAUAAACAGAAACACAAUGAGACAGCACAGAUUUGGCUUGAUAACGUGACCUGUUCAGGAAGUGAAAGUUCUCUAACUGAGUGUCAACACAGUGUAUUUGGAUCAAACAAAUGUGAACAUGGUCAGGAUGCUGCUGUCAUCUGUUCAGAUCUGAUUAGAUUAGCUGGUUCUGGAUCAUCUCGAUGCUCUGGCAGAGUUGAAGUUUAUCAUGAUAAUGUCUGGGGAACAGUUUCUGAUUAUUACUGGGACUUAAACGAUGCUGAGGUAGUUUGCAGACAGUUAAACUGUGGGUCAGCAUUAGAAGCUACUCUAUCAUCUAAAUUUGGUGCAGGAACUGGACAGGUCUGGCUCAGUUAUGUUACCUGUUCAGGAAAUGAAAGUUCUCUAACUGAAUGUCAACACACUGGAUGGGGAAACUACUACUACUACUACUACAGUUUACAUUCUUAUGAUGUUGGUGUCAUGUGUUCAGGUGUGAUCAGAUUAACUGGAUCUGGAUCAACUCGAUGUUCUGGCAGAGUUGAAGUUUAUCACAAUAACAGCUGGGGAACAGUCUGUGAUGAUGGCUGGGACUUAAAUGAUGCUGAGGUGGUUUGCAGACAGAUAAACUGUGGGUCGGCACUGGAAGUUCCUCAAUCCGCUCACUUUGGUGCAGGAACUGGACAGAUUUGGCUCAGUGAUGUGACCUGUUCAGGAAAUGAAAGUUCUCUAACUGAGUGUCAACACAGUGGAUUUGGAUCAAACAGAUGUGAACAUGGUCAGGAUGCUGCUGUCAUCUGUUCAGAUCUGAUCAGGUUAGCUGGUUCUGGAUCGAGCCGAUGUUCUGGCAGAGUUGAAAUCUUUCACAAUAACGUCUGGGGAACAGUCUCUGAUUAUAAAUGGGACUUAAAUGAUGCUGAGGUGGUUUGCAGACAGUUAAAUUGUGGGUCUGCACUACGAGCUCCUCGAUCAGCUUACUUUGGUGCAGGAACUGGACCGAUUUGGCUCAGUGGUGUGAGCUGUUCAGGAAAUGAAAGUUCUCUAACUGAAUGUCAAAACUCUGGAUGGGGAAACUACUACUACUACUACUACAACAACAACUACUACUACAAUGGACAUUAUUCUGAUGCUGGUGUCAUCUGUUCAGGUGACAUCACUUUUUGA